AUGUCGAACUUGUCAGGUGAAGAAGGCAGCUUCUCCUCCGGUAACACCGCCGGAGAUGAAGUCCAUCACGAUCGGCAGCUCGCCAAUCACUUCCCCGGUUCCAAUUCCGGCGCUGCCAACAGCAACGCUUCUUCUGGGCAGCCGCCGGCUAAGAAGAAGCGCAAUUUGCCAGGCACUCCAGAUCCAAGCGCGGAGGUGGUGGCGCUGUCGCCGACGACGCUCAUGGCGACGAACCGGUUCGUGUGCGAGAUAUGCAACAAAGGGUUCCAACGAGACCAGAACCUGCAGCUGCACCGGCGGGGCCACAACCUGCCGUGGAAGCUCCGGCAGAGGACCACCACCGAGGUCCGGAAGCGGGUCUACAUCUGCCCCGAGCCCACCUGCGUCCACCACAACCCGGCCCGGGCCCUCGGGGAUCUCACCGGGAUCAAGAAGCACUUCAGCCGGAAGCACGGCGAGAAGAAGUGGAAGUGCGACAAGUGCUCCAAGAAGUACGCCGUUCAGUCGGACUGGAAGGCGCAUCAGAAGACUUGCGGCACGAGGGAGUACAAGUGUGACUGCGGCACCAUCUUCUCCAGGAGAGACAGUUUCAUCACCCACCGAGCCUUCUGCGACGCACUAGCCGAAGAGAACAACAAAGUGAACAACCAAGGGAUGAUGACCAACAACAACGUCAACAACCAAAUGCCCGACCUGAUGCCGGCAAUGUCCCCCUUGGGUUCCAACUCCGACGCGAACCACUACAACAGUUUCGACCCAAAAAACCCUCUCAAGUCCCUCCCGCACGACCUCAUCCCCAUGCCCUUCAAGCCCAUGAACAUGGGCGCCGCCGCCGCCGCCGCAGCCGGCGGAAUGUUCUCCACCACCUCCGGCACCCUCUUCGGCGGGCCCCGCAACAUGUCAUCCUCCACCUCAUCCGCCAGCCUCCAGCUCAGCAGCUCCAACGCGGGCACCGGCGGCGGCGGCUCGUCGGGCUUCGGCUACCUCCCUGACGGCAGCGGGAAAGGUGGUGGGCCGCUAAUGUCGGGCUCGGCCCACAUGUCGGCCACGGCCCUAUUGCAGAAAGCGGCCCAGAUGGGGGCCACGGCCAGCAACAGCAUCAACUCCCCGAUGAUGCACAAGAGCUUUGCCAGCAGCAUGACAGCUGGCGUCGGGCCCCAGGAUCAGAUGGCCCCGAUUCAUCCGCAACAACAACAACAACCGCCAUCGUACGGCGGCAGCGGCGGGAUUCAACAGCAGCAGGGCGCUAGAAAUCCUUACGAUCAUCAUCAUCAUCAGUUCGCCUCGCAGCCCGACCACCACCAGACCGGCAUGGUCGGGCUCGGCGGCGGCUCGCCCACCGCGUUCGGUGGCCAGAAAACGUCGGAGGAGAUCUCGCAGCUGUUCGAUGUGGCCGCCGCGGCGGCGGCAGUGAGCUCCCCCAUGAACGACAUGGGGAUGUUCGCGAGCAUGUUCAUGGGGGGAGAUCAGGAGAACCCCGCCGCCGCGGCAUCGAACAGCGGCGGUGGCGGUGGCGGUUUGACGAGCAGAAUGAUGAACGGCGGUUCGAGAUUCGGGAGCGAAGCGAGCGACGUGAUGACGCGUGAUUUUAUGGGUAUUGGAGGGACACGACCGGCGAACUUGCAGGAACAGCAGCAGCAGAGAUUAGAGAUAGAAGCGUUGAGUCAACAACAGCAGCAGCAGCAAAGGAUGGCGGCGGCGCCGAUGAUGAAUCACUACCAGCAACAGCUCUCGCUAGGGGAAUCGGGAUUGGAUAAGCCUAUUUGGGAUGUCUAG